AUGUCCCACUUUUGUUCUAAACCUUAUGUAGUUGUUUGUGACAGCCACGUUUUAAAAGUGUGCAGGAAUAUUAAUACAAUUUGUGAAAUAGCCUUAAAAUAUUGCAAGGACUUUGGUGUUCACCUAAGAACUGAUAGUGCGAAAUGGAUCGAGAAAUGUCGUGCUAUAACUGGAACGACUCAAGAUGAAGUGGACGCUGCUGCUCAGGGUAUGUUUCCAGAAGAAUUUGCGCUAAAACCCAACAUGGAAGCAGUACCUGAAAGACUAAAGCAUUAUUGGCCAGUUAAAGUAGUUAAACCAGAGGAACUAAGCCAAUAUAUACCAUGCGCCAAAACUGCAAGAGAAUUAGGACCUGACGUACCAACAAAUAAAAAGAUUCUGGAAAUGACUAAAUGUCAUUACAAAAUUAAUCCAGAGAAAUACAUCAUUUUUUAA